UUUCUUUGCCCGCGAAACGGGACGAUGCGAUGAUUGGGAUUCUCGUCUGCAAUGCAGAAGGCUUUGGUGGGGCGCCGGACGACCCGGAGACAUUGAUUGAGGAUGCUGGGGAAGUUCGUCACCAGAUGCCUCUUGUUGGUUCUUGGGUAUGCAUAUCCGGCGUUCCUGUGUUUCAAAACGGUGGAGAAAAACAGGGUGCAGAUUGAGGAACUCAGGCAUUGGUGUCAAUAUUGGAUCAUCGUGGCGCUAUUCACAGUCGUGGAAAGAAUUGGCGAUGUGUUGAUCUCGUGGAUUCCAAUGUAUUGGGAACUGAAGCUGGGCAUCAUCAUCUACUUGUGGCAUCCGAAAACUAAGGUAAAGGGAACUGGGUAUGUGUACGAGACGGUGUUGCGUCCGUUCAUGGCGACGCACGAGAGGGAAAUAGACAUGAAGUUGGUGGAGUGGGAGGCGAGGGCAUGGGACUUUGUUUCAUUUUACUGGCAAAAUUGCUGGGAGUUCGUGGACGUUGCCUUCUCUCGAGCCAUGCAGUACUGGGCCGCUCAGUCGUCUUCUUCUAACACCAAGGGGAGAGGGAGAUCCGGCUCGAUCAACCGUUCGAUGUCGGGGACGCCCAAAUCCCACACGGGGGAGAUGAAUCCCAAUGUCCAGACGGAGUACGUCUACGUCGAGGACGAGAUCGAGACCGAGACCGAGCAGCAAGAAGUCAGAGAUCAUGAAGAUGCCUGUCCAACGAAGGAGGAAGACAAGACCCGCGCAUCCGGCCACAGGCUGAGGCGUUCCCGCACCAGUGAUUGCCACAUCGAUUGAUUAAUUCGACAAAUUCAAAUCUCCCCCCGCCCCCUCUUUCUAUUGUGUAUAGGCACAAAGUCGAUUUCCUUUUCUUCGAAACUGAAUAAAUAUGGAGUCUCUUUCUCCCCAAUUCGAUUCGUUAGGCAUUAUGGGUCGGGACAAAUUUUGGCUAUGUUGGCCAGAACAAUGCCAGAUCAAUUCUAUAAUCCCAGCCGGUAAAAAAAAUCAGAAAGAUUGAUUACAAACUGAUUUAUGCAAAUUAGUAUAGAGGCGAUCGGUUGGACAUCAAAGAGCGAAAACGACUCGAGGACAACAUUUACUUUUGGAUAAGGAUAAGAAUAAGACACGCAAAAAUAUUCAUACGUACCCGUAUUGGUCGGGGAACGAUGUAGGUGACGUCAGCAUA